AUGAAUGAAUGUAGUUGCGAAUUUCCCGAUAUUAUUAAAAAUGUGUACACCCUGGAAUGCACUUCCCCAUUAGGUUACAUAAAUGAUGAUACAGCCAGUUACAAUAAAUCCUGGCAAACACCGUUACAUACCUCACAGGACGAAUGGGCAUACCAGAGUGCCUGGGACUUGAAAUCUGUACCAUAUAUAGGCACGCGGGCAAUGUACGGUGGGGGCGGUUAUCUGGUGGAGAUGAAACCAAAUCCUUCUGCUGUUUCAAAGAUUUCAGAGCUGAUAUCGAAGUCAUGGAUUGACGACAGAACAAGAGCUUUGUUCGUUGAAUUUACAUUGUACAAUCCAAAUCUUAACUUGUAUAGUUCAGUAACGAUUGUGUUUGAAUUCAGCAGCCCAGGUGGAAUAACAACAUCAUUUCUGACAUUUACAACCUCAUUGUCAGAUUAUUCAUCUAACAAAGAAAUUACAAAACUUUUGUUUGAGAUAAUAUUUUUCCUAUUUACAUUUUUUCUGUCUUAUAUUGAAGUUAAACGGAUUAGACAAAUGGGUUUUAAACAAUAUGUACAUGGAUUUUGGAAUCAAGUUGCAAUGUUUGUUGUAUUAUUAUGCAUCAUUGGCAUUACAAUAUUUAUUGAGCGGUAUUUAAUAGUUGCACAAAUCAUGCAUCAAUACAGAGAAAGUCAUGGGAACACUUUUGUCAAUUUUAAUCUGGCUAUUUUGUGGGAUAAUAUUUUUAUAUACAUCAUGGCUUUGCUAACAGUAUUUGCUUUUUUAAAAUUCGUUAAACUUCUCAUGAUGAACCGUAAGUUAAAUUAUUUGUAUUCAAUGGUUGAAUUUGCAAAAGUGCCUUUAAAGUAUUUUGCGUUUAUGUUUACAAUAUCAUUGAUUGCAUUUGCAAGUUUUGGAAAUCUGUUGUUAGGGACCUUAAUGUCCGGUUACAAGUCAUUUGGAGAUAGUUUUAUGACACUGAUAGAAUGUACAUGUAAAAUAAAUAAUUAUAAUCAAUAUAUUGACCUUCAGCCUGUCAUAGGUCCAAUAUUUAUACUUCUGUAUAUUUUUGUGUUUUUCUUUUGUUUUAUGAAAAUGUUCACUGCUAUUGUGUUAAAUGCUAUGAAAAUGUUGAAACAGAAAGGAGUAAGGCAUGAUGAGGACACUGCAUUGUUGAUGAACUAUUUUAUUGAUAAUAUAAAACGAAUGUUACGAUGACAUGUUCUGCAUUAUGAAAUAAUUUCAAUAGUGAUUGACUAUUUUGUUGAGAGUAUAAAACGAAUUUUUUGAUGAUGUGUUAUGCAUGUGAGCACACUUCAAUGUUGAUUGAUAUUUCGUUGUGAGUAUAAACAAAAUGUUUUGAUGAUGUGUUCUGCAUGUGAGAACACUUCAUUACUGAUCGACUAUUUUGUUAUGAGUGUAAAACGAAUGUUACGAUGUGUUCUGCAUCAUGAAGUAUUUUUGAGAGUAAAUAAACAAUUUACGGGUGGUGAUUUUUUUUUAAACUUCUAUUGUAUUUUGUUCACAUCUAUGUAUAGCAAUCAAUGGUUGCUGUAAAUUUUAUUCUUAAUAAUAGAUUAGAAAUCAGAUUUGUAUUACCAUUAUGGAAGUCAACUGCUUAAUUGUGUGUGAAUAAUAAAAAAUGAAAUCAUAAUAGUGAAAAUGGAAGAUAUAUAUAUCAAUGCAUGAUCAACGAUUUUAAUAAAUCAGGAGGAAAAUGAAAAACAAAUUAACGUUACAACAAUGUAUUUUAAUUAAAUCAAUAUUGGAUUAUAAUGGCCGAUUCCGGGAAAAAUUCAUUAACAUAUUGCUGAUUCCAAAUUUGUUACAAGUGCUUUACAUAUUAAAAUAAAAACUUAUCAAAGAUACUAGG